GCAAAACGCGUUUUGAGCAUUAGGCGCAUCGGCUUUACAUUCAAAGUCUCUGUGGCGGCGCGUCGACGGCGCGAUUUGAAGCUUUUUGAGCGUCUGACACCAGAGUUGAAAAAAACUGAACUUUCGUUUUCUGACGUGAUCUCAGAAAAAACCUAUGGAGGACAGAAUAAUUGUCGCGGUUUGCUCCUAUGAACUACAACCAAUGACUACAGAGAAAGGAAUAGAAAGGAUCUUGAUUGGGAGAGGAUCUGCGAGGAAGCUGGAUAGUCGACAGUAGAGUACUAAUCAACAGAAUGUAUGGCCUGAAUUGUGGAAGUGAUUUCUUCUUCAUCUGCCAGGACAUCCGUCAAAGUAAUGGGUAUGGUAACUAUGCCAGAGAGUAUAUUUUCGUACCCGAAGCAAAGAACUGGUCUGAGGCUCAGCAGUACUGUAACGAAAACCAUGAACAGCUGGCGAAUAUCGACGGUUAUUAUCUGUAUAACACCGUUCAUGAAGAGGAUUUUCCCAUCUGGAUUGGACUCCAUAGAGAUGGUGGAUCAUGGAACUGGACUGAAAGCCCUUCAGAAUAUAAAAGCUGGGAAAUAAGUGAGCCGAGUUCCAACGGCGACUGCGUCUCCAUGUCCUCCGAGACGUUCAAAAUGGCUGCCCGAAACUGCGACAAGCGAUUCCCCUUCCUCUGCAUCUCGGACAACGUGGUUCUGGUGAAGGAGAACCGGAGCUGGGAGGAGGCGCUGGAGCACUGCAGAGGCCUCGGGUCGUCCAGCUACAGCGRCCUGCGCUACGAUCUGCUCAGCCUGCAGCCCGGAGAGGAGCACGCCUACAUGGUGAGGAAGGUCCUGGAGGCCGACACCGAGGAGGUUUGGACCGGCCUGCGUUUCCUGGCUGGUGAUUGGCUGUGGGUGAACGGAGCAGACAUGAUGCACACCGACCUGCCCUCCUGCCCCGCCCCGGGGCAACACUGUGGGGCGCUGUCAAAAGACGAGACAGUUGGAGUGAAGCCCAGGGACUGUUUGGAGAGAAAAAACUUCCUCUGUUACGGCUACAAACAUCCUUAAGAAACCUGGUCAUCUCUGCAGCACAUUUAAGAAGAGAUUCAGCUUUUAUUUAUGCAACUUUACUUAAUAUAGAUAGAUUUUACUGAGAUAAUAUUGUAAUCUGUUUAAGAAAUAUAUUAAAAAUACUUUUAUUAGAGGUUUGUAACAUAAAUCACAAAUUAAUAACUGAGAUGCAGAUCUGACAUUUCUCAUUGUUUAAAGAAUAAAAAGAAUAAUUCAAGGAUUCACUGAGGUGCUGCCAUUUUGUUGUGGUGUUUACUGUCCUGUUGUCUUUUGUGUGAGGCUUUAAGCUCAUUUUGAUUAGUUUUGAAUUAGCUCAGCCAUCACUGCACUUUAUUUUAACGAUCCAUGAAGCUGUGUAAGCAAAUCUUUGAACAAAUAGAAAUUUUACCCAAACAUUAAGAGGAUUUUUGUUUUG